AUGUACUGUACAUAUUCUUUUAAACAGGAGACUAACAUUUUGCUGACAUUCCAGUUCAGUUCCGUAGUACAUGCUCAUAGUGAUAGACUUCUUCAUGGUAAACGUCUAGAAUUAAGUGAAGAAAGGCAACUCUCCACCACCACCAUCACCACCAAAAUCAACACAGUGCUAUUGGUUAAAUCAUUACAUACUCACAUGAAGCUUCAGUAUUUAGAGCACCCUAUAAUUCUGUUGUAUAUUGUUGGAAACACAUCAAAUCAUAAAAUGGUUGUGAGGAUGCAAAUGUUUGUCCAUAGCACUGUAUAUCCUCAUUCCAAGUCUCCUUUUAGCCAUUGCUUCUGUCAAAUUGUACAUGUAUAUUAA